AGUACUGACACUCAAGAAGCUACUACAAAGGCAAAGGAGCACCCAAUUCCUUCUCUAAAGAGGAUCAAGAGGAAAAAGAGGAUCCGUGUUACAAAGUGCUACCCCAAAUACAGAUUUACCACCAAAAACAAGAGCAGCUGAGAAGUGUGAAGGGAACUAAGUGACACUAUGGCAGCUGAAAGCCUGAUUGAGCUCAGAGACUGGCUGUUCCUGCUUCUCCUCUGCCUAACACUACUGGUGGAAGUGCUGGAGUUUGCGGCAGCAACAGCUGCCAUCACGGAGGCAGCACUUGGGGAGGCAGAGCUUCAAGGGGACGUACCUUGUCCAUCAGCAUGCAGGUGCGAUGACGGUUUCAUUUACUGCAACGACCGUGGACUGAGCAUCAUACCACCUUUACCGUUAACGGCAGCCGUUCUCUAUUUACAGAAUAAUCGCAUUGAUAACGCUGGCCUACCGAUAUCCUUAGAGCAGCGAAUGACUGUUCAAGUGGUUUAUCUCUAUGACAAUGAACUUGAUGAUUUUCCGACACAUCUGCCGCCAUCGUUACGUGAACUUCACCUGCAGGACAACAAUAUACGAACUUUACCCCGAGCUGCUCUCUCACGUUUACCUUUGCUAGAGAAACUCCACAUGGAUGAUAAUUCAAUAUCAACAGUAAGCAUUGAGGACAAGGCAUUUGCAAAUAAUCCAAGGUUACGACUUCUCUUCUUGUCACGCAACCACCUUUCUAGUAUACCAUCAGGGUUGCCGUCAUCACUUGAAGAGCUUCGACUGGAUGAUAAUCGAAUUUCUACAAUUCCAACACACGCAUUCAGGGGACUCACGUCGCUUAGACGCCUCUUCCUUGAUGGGAACCUGUUAGCGAAUCAACGCAUUGCUGACGACACGUUUUCACGGCUGUCUAAUUUAACAGAGCUCUCUCUGGUACGCAACUCCCUUCAAUCACCACCUUUAAACCUUCCCAGCACACAUCUUCUUCGACUAUACCUGCAGGACAAUGCCAUGGCUCACAUGCCAAGGGGUUCCUUGGAUGGUAUGCGCAGGCUGCAGAAGCUUGACUUAUCAGGCAACAACCUUACAACGCUCCCCAGAGGUUUGUUCAGGGACUUGGACAGCAUUUCACAGCUGCUUCUCCGUGGGAAUCCCUGGUAUUGUGGCUGUAACCUCCGCUGGCUCCAUGACUGGUUGCAUGUCCGAGGUUCAUCAGUAACUGUGAGGGGUCUAACAUGUCAUGCACCAGAAAAAGUAAGAGGCAGGUCACUUAGGGACCUCACAAGUCAAAUGGAGCAGUGUGAGGUGGAUGGACUGGGGGGAGUUGGAGGGCUUGGGGGAGUUGAAGGAGCCAAAAGAGACAAAGGGGAUUUUCCGACCGACUCCCCAACUACAACAACCGUCCCACUUCCCCAGGGUUCUCUUUUUACACUCAGGUCCAGGCGGCCUGUACACAGGUACCCUGACUUGGGACAAGACAGUCCUUUAGGGGGUGAGGGUGGAGUUGCUGGCAAAACGUUGGUCAUCAGUGUAAAGCCCUUAAGUCCAGAGACAGUUCACAUUACAUGGCAGGCUGCUCAGCCAGCCUCAGCUUUCAGGCUCUCCUGGCUAAGAUUAGGCAACAACCCAGCCAUGGGGUCCAUCACAGAGACACUAGUCCCAGGGGACCGCAGAGAGUAUUUACUCACUCAGCUACAGCCCCAGUCAAGUUACAUUAUCUGCUUGGUGCCUCUCGUUGUCAACAAGGGAAGACGGGCAUCAAUUACAGGGGGGUUUAAUAUGAACACUGACUCAGAGCAUGAGCAUCCAGCUUGUGCCAGAACAGAGACAGAAGACCCUCAGGUUCAGCCUGGAGCUGACCAGGGUCAGGACGUACAGGGUACGGAUGAACUAGCUGCCUUACCACUUGCAGGGAUUAUAGGAGGGGUGACUGCAUGUGCUUCCCUGUUCUUAAUUUUUGGGAUCUUCUGCUGGUAUGGACAUCGUGCAGGAUACCUUGCAGCCGAGGAUCAUACAGGGGUCUAUGGACGAGAUGCUGUUGGGCCCCGUAGCGGUGCCAAGCAUUAUGAUGACUAUGUAGAAUCUGGCACCAUUAAAGACACCUCAAUCUUAGAGAUUGGAACUCCUGGUUUCCAGAUGACGCCACUGGCAGCCCAUCAACCCUUGCAGCCAAAGGCAAAAGUUGAGGACAUGACAUACAUUCAUACUAUUUUCCCCUCUAAUAAUACAACUCUUUACAGGAGCACCCUCAACCACACAGCGAAUCCAGGCUAUGGGACCAAUCGUGGAUACAGAGAAGGAGGAAUACCAGACAUAGAUUAUGCCUACACGUGAUAGCAUCUAUACUAUCCCCUAUCUUUUCUGGUCACUAUGUUUAAUACAGCGUAGCUGAGUAGGGGUUUGUUCAUUACCCUAGGUUCCAAAG